CUCUUAGUGAAUAUGACCAAUGUCAAGGAUACUAUUGUUUAUGCUCCAGUAACAAUGAAUCCUGAUUUACAAGUAAGUAUUACCAAAAAUAGAUUGAUGCAUUUCAUUCAUUAUUAUUAUUGAUUAGAAUUAUUGGGCAACUGAUAUUGAUGAUAUUUCUAUUGGAAAUCAAACGAUGAAUAUGACCAAAAAAUUAUCAGCUUUGGUUGAUACUGGAUCAACAUUGAUUUAUUUACCACCUACUGUGAUUCGUCAAUUAUUUGGACGUGUAGAAGGAUUCCGUAGAGCCAAUGGAUUAUAUAUUACUCCUUGUGAUAGUAAACAAUUACAAUCUAUCACUUUCCAUAUUGGCAACAAUAAGCAUGUCUUAACUCCGAAUGAUUACUUGAUUCGUCGUGGCAAGUUAGCAUCCAUUAUUGGUAAUA